UCCCUUUGAAUAUAAGUUCCCAUGGAGUCCCUACCUAAUCCUCAUCGCAUUCUUCCACCCUACUCUGUCCUCUUCAGCCUAGAAAUUGAUAUAUAAAACGUACCUACCUAUCUCCUUACCACCUCAUUUUCACAAUCCCACACGCUCACACCAUCUUCAUCAGCCAAACUUCUUCUUUGUAUCUCUCCUCCGCCAUCGUCGCCCAGCCCCGCAAACGCUUGUCUGACCCGCUGUCCAUCGUGUAUUUGCUUCGAAGAUGUCUGAGUUGAGAACAAGGACUGCGUCCGCCAAGCGGCCAUCUGCGCCGGUCGCCAGCGAAGCUUCCAACAGCAGCGGCAGCGGCAGCGACCAUGAGCCGGAGAUGCCCAAGAGCCUCCAGCGGCCGUCUUCCUUCUCGCAGCGAGCCAUAUCCCAGACCCUCAUCGGCACCGCCAACUUGGCCAACCUCCUCCCGACGGGUACCCUCUUGGCCUUCCAGCUCCUGAUGCCGGUCUUCACCAACAACGGCUCGUGCGACUCCGCCACGCGCCCGCUCACCAUCAUCCUCCUCGUCCUGCUCUCCGUCUCCUGCUUUGUCGCGAGUUUCACCGACAGCGUCAGGUCGUCCGAUGGCCGGGUCUUCUAUGGAUUCGCGACGGCCAAAGGAUUGUACAUCUUCGACACGACCGUCCCGAGUACGAGCCUGCCCGAUUUGAGCAAGUACAAACGGGGGUUCAUAGAUUGGGUCCACGCGCUGCUGUCGAUGUUGGUGUUCGGAGCGGUGGCCCUGAGGGACAAGAACGUGGUGAGCUGCUUGUACCCGGCAGCUGGACAUCAGACACAGGAGGUUCUGGACAUUGUUCCGGUUGGAAUUGGCCUCAUCUGCAGCUUGCUCUUUGUUGUUUUUCCCACAAGAAGGCACGGAAUCGGGUAUCCCAUCACGUCGGAAAAGUGAGAUCACUCAUUGCUAUGUUCAUCAGGCGAUGUGGUGUGAUCUGAUCUGAUCUGGUCAAUCACUUGAUUUGAGUCUGGUGUCCUUGUUCUUUUUUAAUUCAGAGGGGAGGUUGUAGUUUGUAUCAAAUUAGUCCCCUCGCUCUCGUUUCCUCAUUGAUUUAUCAGUUUUUGUCAUAAAUAAGAAGCCAGAAAUUGUCUGAUAAGACAAAUGAAAGCAUUCGUAGCCAUUAACAAGAAAAUUAAUAGACAAUCGGUUCUUUUA